AAGUUGGGUCGAACAUUACGACAGAAAUUUAAUGGCAUGUUAUGUGCGUUAAUUAAACUUGAAUUACAUAUAUGAACUUGCAGUUUGUUAGACCUUUUGUAUAAACACUUGAAUAAGUGAAUACUUUAAUCCGGGUACGAAAUUAGUUUUUAUUAUAACAGGCACGCGAUAAAGGAUUUGAACAGAUAUUUUGGUAACAUUUCAAAAAGGAAUGGUGGCUCAUAGAAUUUUCGGAAAUUCUUGUGCAUCAAGUCAUAAAAAAGGAAAAACAGAUGAGGAAACAAUGAACGCAACCUCUCCAAAAUCCUCAUUGGCGAAACUGGGACUGUAUCCCCGCCAAAAAUCGUUAAAAGUUAUGGUUCUUGGCCAAAGUGGAAUUGGAAAGACUGCAAUGGUAGUGCGAUUCACAACGAGAAGAUACAUCGGAGAAUACGAUCCAACUCUGGAAAGAAUUUACACUUACGCAACGGUUAUUGAUAAAGAAUUAGUUUCCUUUGAAAUAUUGGAUACCGCCGGACAAACCGGAGAAAACGAAUAUCUCGGAUUAGAAGCCAACAUACGUUGGGCGGAGGCUUUUAUACUUAUGUAUUCGGUAACGGAUAAAUGCUCCUUUGACGAAUGCUAUCGACUGAAAUUUCUGAUAAACUACAACAAAAGGCGGAGAAAACUUGGCGGUAGUAGCAAGGAUAACGUUUGUGAUGUACCUGUCGUUCUGGUCGGAAAUAAAAUUGACCAAGUGGAAGACAGAAUGGUUUCGUUGGAGGAAGGUCAGCGGAGAAGCAAAGAAAUUGGCUGUGUGUGUUUUCACGAAAUUUCAGUUAGGGAAAGCAUUGAACAGGUCUUAGCCGUUUUCCGUGACGUAUGCAGAUUCUGGAGAGUCCACAGCAAGAACCCGAUAAAAUUGCGCCGCUCUGGAAGUGAAAGGGAGCAGAUAUCGCCGGAAACAUCUCGUCUAUUUUCCGCCAUAUCGCCCAGUAAUUUGAUUCCACAUUCAAUUCGCCCGUCAAACAGCACGGGCAAACGAUGCACGGAAGUCGAAGCAGAAGACGACGGUGAAGGUAAAGAAGGGUGCGCCUCCAGUCCUAAUGAACCAGUUCCCUUUAGAGGUAGGGCUUCAACUGACGGCCAUCUUCAGCAACGGCCUUGGAGGUGGAGGUAUCCUCCUCCCUCGUCGACGUCCACAGAACAAGUUUUCCCGUCUUCGAGGAUCGAACGCAGAAUGAGCAUAUCUAUGCGCGGAAACAAGGCUAGCUAUUAAUUAUUGAAUAUUAUUACGUUCUACGAAUUUCUGUGAAAUAUAUGAUGUAUUGUCGUAAACAGCUUCAAACUCAAUUUAUUAGAAGGGCUCCAAUAUUCUAAUUAAAUAACUUAAACUACAUUUCAAAAUCAAACCGAGUAACAAAAUCGUCGGCAAAUUAAGUUUUCUCUUAACUUUAGUUUAAUUCCCGUUUUUGAUUGAGUUAUAUAAUUGUUCUCGUAGUAACGCCGCGAUCUCUUUAAUAAGUUUGUGUCACUGGAGAUUUACUCCGUACUUAUUAUGGUUUUGCUGUCUUCAACAAUGACGGUGUUUAAAUACAAGCGCACAUGUUUUGAUGACAAUUAAAGAAAAGAAAAUUCAUUUUCACGCCGUUCAAGAAAUUUAUUUUUUAAUUACAAUUUAAUCUGUCUGGAACUUGUUUAGUAAAGGAAUAUUUCGCCCAAGAAUUAAAAGAUCUGCGAAUGAAAUGGAAAUAAAGAGUGUUUGUUCAUAUUUAAUUACAUUUUCACUAACUAAAUAUACUAUAAAAAAUUUUGUUAAUUUAUUAAUAUAAUUAUUAAAAAUGUAAAUUCAUAAAUUUACUAUAUGUGAUUAAUUUAUUAUUUGUGAUAUACAGGGUUAUUUAUCCACUAGAUGUUAGCUUUAGAGUGUAGCAAAAGAUGUUAUACGUCCCUAUAUUCUUUUUCUAACUCGCGAGUGAAUUAUCGAGAAAAAAGAUGAUUAACUUUUAUUAAAUCCUAUUCAGUUAAAAUUUUAAUCAAGAUUCCAAUUUUGUAAGGAUAAUGGAUUGGAUAAUAUGAAAAAAAAUAUAUACAUAUUUACUUCGGAGUUGAAGAAACAGAAUAUUAUGGAUAGAUACAAAUGUAAUAUUUUAACACAAAAUUUAUUGCAAAUGGGGAAAAAUGCGUUUUUAUAUUAAAUGUGUAAGCUGAUAAUCAAUGUGACCAAAUAAAGUACAUAAUUACAAAGCGUUUUAUAAAAAUUUACUGUAGAUGAGACGUCUAUAUCUUAAAAAA